AUGCAAAAAAAGAAUUAAACAUAGUUACUCAUGCGAGAAACAUUAGAGGAGAAAUAGAAACGUCUCAACUUAGAGUCUAAGAUGUAGGGUCUCGAGAAAUAGUUGCUGAAUGAAAAAUUCAAAACUGACUUGGAAAAGGAGAGGAUUGAAUAACAGCUUAGAUUAAUGAAAAAGGAAAGAUAGCAAAUGGAUAUAGUUCAGCACAUUGAGAAUCAAAUAAAUGAAAAGAGGUCAAAAGAGGAUGAGUAAAAGUAAAGGGAUAGAGUAUAUAUUGAUAUUGAGAGUCAGAUACUCAGAGACCGCGAAGUCAAGAGCUAGAUGAAGAAGAUUGAGGCUAUGGAUUCAAUGUAGCAGUAGCAUGAGAAGAGGAUGAAGGAAAUAGAGCAUGAAAAGGAUAAAUAAAGUUAAAUACUAUAAUAAAAAUAUUAGCAAACCAAUGACUCAAAUAAGGUACUUAUGGAGAUCAAGUAUGCUAGUAAAAGGAUAAAUAAAGAAUCUGAGAGUUCAUAUCAUGAUAUAAUCCAAAAGAAUUAUGAGAGUUUUCAAUCGGAUGAGGAUUAAAAGAUCAAAGAAAAUGAAAUGUCUGUCAGUGAAAAGAAGCUAAACACUUAGGCUUUAUAAGCUUUUCAAUAAGGAUAGUUAGACGCUGCUAGUAAGGUUGUUCCUGGCUUCUAGAGGUACACUAAGGAUUAUACGAACACUGUGAUAUUUCCAAAGGGUAAUAACAAAUCAAAACAACAUCAAAAUAACAACGAAUUAAAAAAUAUAUUAAGCAAUAAUACCAGCCCUAAAGGGUUGGAUGGCACUUUUUCUUAAGCUGGACUCAAUAUUUUACAAAGUAGAAGUGUUUUGGAACUACCGAAAAGUUCAUUCAGCAAUUUUGAAAGAAGCAGUUCAAAUGUAGAGAAUCCAGAAGUUCCAAACAUGAAGCAAAAUUUUCAUUACUCUAAAGAUAAGAUAGAGAAUGAACAAGCUUAAAAUAUUGAGUAAAUUUAGAGAUCAGAUAUUUAGAAUUACUUAAGAAGCUAGAUUAUUAGUCCUUAAGAAAGUUAAUUUCAUAAGCAAAGAAAUUUAUAUUCUCCUGAUGACUUUUUAGAUAGAAAAGCUGAUAAGGACUUCGAUAGAGAGCAUUAGACAGCUAAAUUAGGGGAUAGAUGA